AUGAGCGGUGGUGACCAGGGCGGUAUUGGUCAAGGCACUGGAGGCGGAGGCUUCCUGAAUCAAGUCGAAGGUGCCAUCGGUGGUAUGUCUGGCAGGACUGGAAACCCUGGCCAACAAGGUUUCGGUGGAGGAAUGAUGAAUGAAUUCGGAAAAAUGGCCGGCGGCGGUGGCGGUGGUGGGGGCAUGAUGAGCGAAGUCGAAAAAAUUGUCACCGGUGAUUUUUUCUGA